UUUUAUUAGUUAGCUACAUACAGUUGUAUUGUGCGCACGUCUCUCUCUCUCUCGCAACCUUACAAGUAAAUUAUUAAUUCUCAAUUGUGUAUUUCCUUUGUUUAUUACGUUUCCUAAUGGCUAAAUUUAUCAACUACAGUGACUUCUUGUCUCCAAAUUAAUUUAUUUUGUGCAUUGAAAGGACAAUAUAUUAAUUACACAGUGUUGUAUACUUUAGUGUUUGCGGGACUGGCCUUUACGGGCAUUUCUUCGUUAAAAUUUAUACUGGCAGGAAAAACAUACAUGAAUUUAUCAAGCGACCUGUUACAAAAAAUGACCAUAACUUUAAUGUACCGUAUCAACCCCAUAUACUAUUCAGAUUACUCCGAUACGAUCUAGGUUUGUGUUUAAAUCAAUUGGCACACAAGCACUCUCUUUACCAUUGGCUAUACCAUUUCAAAUACUAUAAAUUUGGCAUCUACCCUAAAGAUAUCACUUGACGAAUCUCUAUACAACGGUCCUAAGGAUUUGACUGUUAAACAUGGAUAUUGUGGCAAAUUACCACCCAGUCCUGAAGGCUUUCCUCGCCGGAUCAUUCUCGGGAACGUUCAGCACUAUACUUUUCCAACCAUUGGAUUUAGUUAAGACGAGAUUACAGAAUCCAAGUCAGCAUGUUGUUGCGGCGACUGUCAACAGCCGAAUCCAACCCGGCAUGAUCAACAUUUUCGCCAACAUAAUCCGCCAAGAACAUGUCGCUGGUUUAUGGCGAGGCAUGGUGCCUUCUGUGGCUCGCUGCGUGCCAGGCGUUGGGCUGUACUUCUCAUCUCUUCACUGGUUGAAAGUUAAACUUGGGAAGACCAGGAACCAAGACCUGGGUGCUAUGGAGGCGAUCGCACUGGGCGUGGUCGCAAGAACGAUGAGCGGAGUUGCUUUGAUACCAAUUACUGUGAUUAAAACCAGAUAUGAAUCUGGUGUUUAUAAGUAUAACAGUUUGGGUGGUGCCUUGAAAGCUAUCUACCGCGCUGAGGGGAUACGAGGACUAUCCUGUGGGCUUGGUCCAACGUUGGCAAGAGAUGCACCAUUCUCUGGAUUGUAUCUUAUGUUCUACACGCAAACUAAGCAAGCUGUGCCUAAAGAAUGGAUGCAAUCUCCAAGUGCUGCUAGCGUAAUACAUUUCAGCUGUGGCAUCGUAGCUGGUAUAGCGGCUUCAUUGGCAACAAACCCAGCUGAUGUUCUUAAGACCAAGAUGCAGCUGUAUCCAGAGAAGUUUCCCAACGCUUUCAGCGCUGCCCUCUAUGUUCAUCAGAAUUAUGGGUUCAAAGGUUACUUCAAGGGCGCCGUACCAAGGAUGCUGCGUAGGACACUAAUGGCUGCUAUGGCGUGGACUGUGUUUGAAGAGAUAACGCGGUCUAUUGGUUUAAAAUGACAUCAUGGAAUUGGAAUUUGAAAUUGGAAAGAUUCCUCAGCAUUAUACUUACGCUGGGUAGAAGGAGAUCCAUUGGUGCUGUUUCUUCAUUUUUCUUUUGUUUCAAGUAUAACUAUGGAUACUAAUUAUAUUUUAGAAACAUGUAGGUUUCUUGUUUAAUCGUUGUCCAAUAAUCAAACUUUAUAUCUUUUCUCUAUGUAGAUAUAUUUACAAGAUAUGUUGCCUUUUUUGUUUUUGUUGUACUAGUAAGUGAUACAAAUGUAA